UGCUACGACGUAAUACGUAUUAAUUUGUCGCAAAUCGAAUUCGCCGCGUCGGUGAUCAUACAUAAAUAAAUUAUACAUAGUGUCGACGGCUGUUUUUGUGCGCAGAUUUUGUUUUGUUUUGUUUGCCGUCUUAACCAAACGCGGCAGUGUUCGUCAAAUAACCAACGGACAUCGACCUCUCUGGUGUGUCGCAAAUAACACCAUAAAUAAAAGAGGUGUGUGACGACGUGCAACAAUCCGUUUCUUUGAUUUUUCUCUUUAAACUACAAAAAUGCCGCGUGUAGUUAAACAAGAGGGUGAUGACCCAGAUCCAACCCCAUACUUAUUCGUAUCUCUCGAACAGAAGAGAAUCGAUCAGACCAAACCUUACGAUGCGAAAAAGGCUUGCUGGGUGCCCGAUGAAGAACAAGGUUUCCUCCAGGGAGAAAUCCGAGGAACCAAGGGCGACUUGGUCACCGUUGCUUUGCCUAAUGGAGAAGUAAAAGAUUUCAAAAAGGAUCAAGUGGGCCAAGUGAACCCACCGAAAUAUGAAAAAUGCGAGGAUAUGUCAAACUUGACAUAUUUGAACGAUGCGUCUGUAUUGUAUAAUUUGAAAGAAAGAUAUUACCAUAAGCUCAUUUACACCUACUCUGGAUUGUUCUGCGUUGCUAUCAAUCCUUACAAACGAUUCCCCGUGUACACCAACCGUUGCGCCAAAUUGUACAGAGGCAAGAGGAGGAAUGAAGUUCCACCCCACAUUUUUGCCAUUUCUGACGGCGCUUAUGUUAACAUGCUUACAAACAAAGAAAAUCAAUCUAUGUUGAUCACAGGAGAAUCUGGAGCUGGAAAAACUGAAAACACGAAGAAGGUAAUUGCUUACUUUGCCACUGUUGGAGCUAGCACCAAGAAAGAAGAAGAAGCCGCUGGUGGUGUCAAGAAGAAGGGUUCCUUGGAAGAUCAAGUUGUACAAACUAACCCGGUAUUGGAAGCCUUUGGUAACGCUAAGACCGUCCGUAAUGACAACUCAUCUCGUUUCGGUAAAUUUAUCCGUAUUCAUUUCGGUCCUUCUGGAAAAUUGGCCGGAGCUGAUAUCGAAACUUAUCUAUUGGAAAAAGCUCGUGUCAUCUCUCAGCAAGCACUUGAAAGAUCUUACCACAUUUUCUACCAAAUCAUGUCUGGAUCCGUGAAAGGCGUUAAAGAAAUGUGUAUGUUAUCUAACGACAUCUAUGAUUACGUCAAUGUAUCUCAAGGAAAAAUCACCAUUCCCGGAAUGGACGAUGGAGAGGAAUUUCAACUUACCGAUCAAGCUUUUGAUGUCCUUGGAUUCACUGAAGAAGAAAAGAAUGACAUUUAUAAGAUUACCGCCGCUGUUAUGCACAUGGGAGGCAUGAAAUUCAAACAACGUGGUCGCGAGGAACAAGCUGAAGCCGACGGCACUGAAGAAGGUGCACGUGUCGCAAAAUUAUUGGGUGUCGACUGCGAUGAUUUGUAUAAAAAUUUAUUGAAACCUAGAAUCAAAGUAGGAAAUGAAUUUGUUACACAAGGUCGUAAUAAGGAUCAAGUCGCAUACUCUGUAGGUGCUAUGUCCAAGGGUAUGUUUGACAGACUUUUCAAAUUUUUAGUGAAAAAAUGUAAUGAAACUUUGGACACACAACAAAAACGUCAACAUUUCAUUGGUGUAUUGGAUAUUGCUGGUUUUGAAAUUUUCGACUACAAUGGUUUCGAGCAACUUUGCAUCAACUUCACCAAUGAAAAAUUACAACAAUUUUUCAACCAUCACAUGUUUGUACUUGAACAAGAAGAGUACCAACGUGAGGGUAUUGAAUGGGCUUUUAUCGAUUUCGGAAUGGAUUUAGCCGCCUGUAUUGAACUUAUUGAAAAGCCCAUGGGUAUCUUGUCAAUUCUUGAAGAAGAAUCUAUGUUCCCCAAAGCCACGGAUAAGACCUUUGAAGAUAAAUUGACCACCAACCAUUUGGGAAAAUCACCCAACUUCAGGAAACCAGCUCCUCCCAAACCAGGUUGCCAAGCUGGACACUUCGCGCUUGCCCAUUACGCCGGUGUGGUAUCAUACAACAUCACUGGUUGGUUAGAAAAGAACAAGGAUCCAUUGAACGACACCGUUGUUGACCAAUUUAAAAAGGGAACAAACAAACUUUUGGUAGAAAUCUUUGCUGACCAUCCAGGUCAAUCUGGUGGUGCUGCUGAUGCUGGUGGCAAAGGAGGUCGUGGAAAGAAGGGCGGUGGUUUCGCCACUGUGUCAUCAUCCUAUAAGGAACAAUUGAACAACUUGAUGACAACAUUGAAGAGCACUCAACCUCAUUUCGUACGUUGUAUUAUUCCCAAUGAAAUGAAACAGCCUGGUGUGAUUGACUCUCACUUGGUAAUGCAUCAGCUGACAUGUAACGGUGUACUUGAAGGUAUCCGUAUUUGCCGUAAAGGUUUCCCCAACAGAAUGGUAUAUCCUGACUUCAAAUUGCGAUACAAGAUCUUAGCUCCUGCUGCGGCGGAAAAGGAGAAUGACCCAAAGAAAUGCGCUGGUGUCAUUUUGGAAAACGUCGGGUUGGACCCAGAUAAAUUCAGGCUUGGCCACACUAAGGUAUUCUUCCGUGCUGGAGUAUUAGGUCAGAUGGAAGAAUUACGUGAUGAACGACUAAGUAAAAUCAUUGGAUGGUUGCAAUCAUAUAUUCGUGGUUAUAUUGCCAGAAAACAAUUCAAGAAAUUACAAGACCAGAGAUUGGCUCUAUUGGUUAUCCAGAGAAGUCUAAGGAAAUACAUGAAAUUGAGAUCGUGGCCAUGGUGGAAGAUGUGGUCUCGUGUUAAGCCAUUACUCAAUGUGGCUAAUAUUGAAGAUGAAUUGAGAAGAUUGGAAGAAGAAGUAGACAAAGUCACCGCUGCAUAUGAACGUGAAGAAAAACUUCGCAAAGAACUCGAAGCCCUCAACACGAAACUGUUGGCGGAGAAGACACAACUGCUUCAAUCAUUGGAAGGCGAAAGAGGAAGUUCGUCCAGCAUCCAAGAAAGGGCAGCUAAAUUGGCGGCACAAAAGAGCGAUUUGGAAUCUCAACUUUCGGAAACUCAAGAGAGGUUAACUCAAGAAGAAGAUGCACGCAACCAACUGUUCCAACAGAAAAAGAAAUUGGAACAAGAAAAUGCUGGUCUCAAAAAAGAUGUCGAAGAUUUGGAACUAUCUAUUCAAAAAUCUGAUCAAGAUAAGGCAUCCAAGGACCACCAAAUUCGUAACUUGAAUGAUGAAAUUGCUCAUCAAGACGAACUUAUUAACAAAUUAAACAAAGAAAAGAAAUUAUCUGGUGAAACCGCCCAGAAAACUGCCGAAGAAUUACAGGCGGCUGAAGACAAAAUCAACCAUCUCAACAAAGUUAAGAACAAGUUGGAACAAACUUUGGACGAGUUGGAAGAUUCGUUAGAACGCGAAAAGAAAUUAAGAGGUGAUAUUGAAAAGGGUAAGAGGAAGACUGAAGGAGACUUGAAACUUACCCAAGAAGCAGUUUCUGAUUUGGAACGUAACAAAAAAGAACUUGAACAAACCAUUCAAAGGAAAGACAAAGAAUUGGCUUCCCUUACUGCUAAACUAGAAGAUGAACAAGCUUUAGUUGGCAAACAACAAAAACAAAUCAAAGAACUUCAAUCAAGAAUUGAAGAACUCGAAGAAGAAGUUGAAGCUGAAAGACAAGCCCGUGCUAAGGCUGAGAAACAACGCGCUGAUCUUGCUCGUGAAUUGGAAGAGCUUGGUGAACGCCUUGAAGAAGCUGGUGGUGCUACUUCCGCUCAAAUUGAGUUGAACAAGAAACGUGAAGCUGAGAUGAGCAAACUCCGUCGUGAUUUGGAGGAAGCUAACAUUCAACACGAAGCUACCUUAGCCAACUUACGCAAGAAGCACAAUGAUGCUGUUGCAGAAAUGGGUGACCAAAUCGACCAAUUGAACAAACUUAAGACCAAAGCUGAAAAGGAUAAAUGCCAGUUCUUGUGUGAAUUGAAUGAUACUCGUGCCAGUUUAGACCACAUUUCUAACGAAAAGGCCCAGACCGAAAAGAUUUAUAAACAAGUACAACACCAAUUGAACGAAGUUCAAGGUAAACUUGAUGAAACCAAUCGCACAUUAAACGACUUUGAUGCUGCAAAGAAGAAGCUGAGCAUUGAAAACUCAGACUUACUUCGUCAAUUAGAAGAGGCUGAAUCACAGGUUUCUCAGUUGGCCAAGAUCAAAAUUUCACUCACCACCCAACUCGAAGAUACUAAGAGACUGGCUGAUGAAGAAGGAAGGGAACGAGCUACUCUUUUGGGUAAAUUCAGAAACUUGGAACAUGAUAUCGAUAACAUUCGUGAACAAUUGGAAGAAGAAGCUGAAGCAAAGGCUGAUAUUCAAAGACAAUUGAGUAAGGCUAAUGCUGAAGUUCAACUGUGGCGUACCAAAUAUGAAUCUGAAGGUAUUGCAAGGGUUGAAGAACUUGAAGAAGCCAAACGUAAAUUGCAAGCUCGUCUUGCUGAAGCUGAGGAGACCAUUGAGUCACUCAACCAAAAGGUUAUUGCUUUAGAGAAAACCAAACAACGUUUGGCAACUGAAGUCGAAGACUUACAAUUGGAAGUCGAUAGAGCGACAGCAAUUGCUAAUGCUGCUGAAAAGAAGGCCAAGGCCAUUGACAAGAUCAUUGGAGAAUGGAAACUCAAGGUUGAUGACUUAGCAGCUGAAUUAGAUGCAAGUCAGAAAGAAUGCAGAAACUAUUCCACUGAACUCUUCCGUCUUAAAGGAGCCUAUGAAGAAGCUCAAGAACAGUUGGAAGGAGUCAGACGUGAAAAUAAAAAUCUAGCCGACGAAGUCAAGGAUCUUCUUGACCAAAUUGGUGAAGGUGGUAGAAACAUUCACGAAAUUGAAAAACAACGCAAACGAUUGGAAGUUGAAAAAGAUGAACUCCAAGCUGCAUUAGAAGAAGCUGAAGCAGCAUUAGAACAAGAAGAGAACAAAGUAUUGAGAGCACAAUUGGAACUGUCUCAAGUUAGACAAGAAAUUGACAGACGUAUCCAAGAGAAAGAAGAAGAAUUCGAAAACACCAGGAAAAACCAUCAACGUGCUUUAGACUCUAUGCAAGCCAGCUUGGAAGCUGAAGCUAAAGGAAAAGCUGAAGCUCUAAGAAUGAAGAAGAAGUUGGAAGCUGACAUCAAUGAACUUGAAAUCGCUUUAGACCACGCUAACAAAGCUAAUGCUGAAGCCCAAAAGAACAUUAAACGGUAUCAACAACAGUUGAAAGAUGUACAAACUGCUCUUGAAGAAGAAUCUAGAGCUAGAGAAGAUGCCAGAGAACAGUUGGGCAUUUCUGAAAGACGAGCAAAUGCAUUACAAAACGAACUGGAAGAAUCCAGAACUUUAUUGGAACAAUCUGACCGUGGCAGGAGACAAGUUGAACAAGAGUUGGCUGAUGCUCAUGAACAGCUCAAUGAACUUUCCGCACAAGCUACCUCCAUUUCUGCUGCCAAGAGGAAACUGGAAGGAGAACUACAAACCUUACAUUCUGACUUAGACGAGUUAUUGAAUGAAGCCAAGAACUCCGAAGAGAAGGCCAAGAAGGCAAUGGUAGACGCUGCCAGACUUGCUGAUGAACUCAGAGCCGAACAAGACCACGCACAAACCCAAGAAAAACUUAGGAAAGCUCUUGAAACGCAAAUUAAGGAAUUACAAGUGAGAUUAGAUGAAGCUGAAAAUAAUGCAUUGAAGGGUGGUAAGAAAGCCAUUCAGAAACUCGAACAAAGGGUACGAGAAUUGGAAAAUGAGUUGGAUGGUGAACAACGCAGACACGCAGAUGCACAAAAGAACCUAAGAAAAUCUGAACGUAGAAUUAAGGAGCUGAGCUUCCAAGGAGACGAAGACAGAAAGAACCAUGAGCGCAUGCAAGACUUGGUUGACAAACUUCAACAAAAGAUCAAAACAUACAAGAGACAGAUCGAAGAAGCCGAAGAAAUUGCCGCACUCAACUUGGCUAAGUUCCGUAAGGCUCAACAAGAACUAGAAGAGGCUGAAGAAAGAGCUGACUUAGCUGAACAGGCAAUUGCAAAGUUCAGAACAAAGGGUAGAUCAGGUUCUACAGCACGAGGCGGAAGCCCAAUUGGACACAGGCCGCCCGUUAAACCACAAUUCGACGGAUUCGCCUUCCCACCCAGAUUCGACCUCCACCCAGACGGCGACUUCUAAACAAAAUUUAACUUAUUUUUAAUAAAACUUUAAAAAAAAUGUACUACAA